AUGGAGAGAAAACCAGCUUGCACCGAGAGCCCAUCCUCGGGUUCUGAGAAAGAGCCUUUGACAUGCAAGACCAGGUCAGAAUGCAAAAAGGAUGGUCUGCUGCUGAGAAACUGCAAGCCAUCACUACGACUGUCUGAAGAGCACAACAAGGUGCACCCCUGCCCGGGAGAGAGGGCAGACCUUGGGCACAUGUCUAAUAAAUACUUAGCAGUACAAAGUCCUGAUGCCCCUUGCAAUGGCACCAGAAAUGGAAUAGACGAAACCUCAACCCCGACUCUUACUGUCAUUCCAUCCUGCAUGGCCGAGGUGCAUCACUUGCAAAGAGAGACAGGGGAAAGAGAGACAUGGAGCAAAAAAGUAGACUUUCUCUUAUCUGUUAUUGGGUAUGCAGUGGAUCUGGGCAAUGUAUGGAGGUUUCCUUAUAUCUGUUACCAAAAUGGAGGAGGAGCUUUUCUCAUUCCUUAUGUGAUUAUGGCUGUGUUUGGUGGAAUUCCUCUGUUUUAUAUGGAGCUGGCACUGGGUCAGUAUCACAGAAGUGGCUGUAUUUCUGUAUGGAGAAAAAUAUGUCCAUUAUUUAAAGGAAUUGGUUAUGCUAUCUGUAUAAUAGCACUUUAUAUAGCAUCUUAUUACAACACCAUUAUAGCCUGGGCUCUUUACUACCUCAUAUUCUCAUUCCGGUCUGAACUGCCUUGGACCAGCUGCCACAAUGAGUGGAACACAGAAAACUGCACCAACUAUUUCCAAAACAGUAGUGUAACGUGGAUCAACAGCUCUAUCUCACCAGCAGAGGAGUUUUACACCCGAAUGGUGCUGCAGAUACACAAAUCAAAAGGUCUACAGGAGCUUGGAGGGAUCAGUUGGCAGCUCUCGCUCUGUCUUCUUCUUAUCUUUACUGUAGUAUAUUUCAGCAUAUGGAAGGGAGUCAAGACAUCUGGAAAGGUGGUCUGGGUUACUGCAACAUUUCCAUACAUUGUGCUUACGCUGCUUCUAAUAAGAGGGGCCACGCUCCCAGGUGCCUGGAGGGGAGUUAUAUUCUAUCUGAAGCCAAACUGGGAGAAGCUACUUACCACUGAGGUUUGGGUGGAUGCAGCUGCACAGAUAUUCUUCUCGCUGGGCCCGGGAUUCGGUGUGUUGCUGGCCUUUGCUAGCUACAAUAAAUUUCACAACAACUGCUACCAAGAUGCACUGGUGACGAGCACUGUGAAUUGUAUGACCAGUUUUAUGUCAGGUUUUGUCAUAUUCACUGUCUUGGGAUAUAUGGCUGAAAUGAGGAACCUGGAAGUCUCCGAAGUGGCCAAAGACACAGGCCCCAGUCUGCUAUUUAUCACCUAUGCAGAGGCCAUUGCCAAUAUGCCAGCAUCCACCUUCUUCGCUGUCAUAUUCUUCCUGAUGUUGAUUACAUUGGGGCUGGACAGUACGUUUGCAGGUCUGGAAGGGGUUAUAACUGCCGUUCUGGAUGAGUUCCCACAUGUUUGGGGCAAGCGGCGGGAAAUUUUUGUCUUCCUUUUGAUUGUGGUCUGUUACCUCGGGGCUCUUUCCACCCUAACGUUUGGUGGUGCUUACAUGGUGAAGUUGUUUGAGGAGUACGCCACUGGCCCAGCUGUGCUAACUGUAGUAUUCCUGGAAGCCAUAGCAGUGUCCUGGUUUUAUGGUAUCAAUAAGUUCUGCAGAGAUAUCAAGGAAAUGAUAGGUUUUUCUCCUGGCUGGUACUGGAGGAUUUGUUGGGUGGCAAUCUGUCCACUGUUCCUCUUGUUUAUUAUUUGCAGCUUUUUGUCCAGCCCCCCUGAACUCCGUCUUUUUAAUUACACAUACCCCGGAUGGUCUGUUGUGCUUGGCUACUGCAUUGGGACUUCCUCUUUCAUCUGCGUUCCAGUGUACAUGGUGUACCGUUUAGCUAGUACUCCUGGAUCACUAAAAGAGCGCUUCAUCAAGAGCAUAACCCCAGAGACGGACACAGAUAUACCAAUGGGAGGUAUUCACAUGAAUGCUGUGUAACCUGGAAGCAGAACCUUGUCCUGUCAGCAAACUUUACGCACCCCAUUCUGUGCCUAAAGAGAACUAUUCCAAACCUCAUACUGUGUAUGGUUCAUCCACCCUUAAUGCGCUGGAUCAACUCUGAAGAUUGGGCUCCUUCUCAGUCUAUAGCAUGAAAGCCCAAGACAAACACAGGGUCCAAAAAUCACAAUUUGUCAUUGAUCCAUGAUAGAAAGGUGGUGUGCAUGUUUGUCUUAUGAAUAAUUAUCCGAGAAUGCUAAAAAUAAGAGAUAUAUGGGUCAUUCAUUCCAUGUAAAUUAUCUAGAUGUGCAGUGUGAAAAUCAGUGUCGGGUA